AUGGCGGCACCUGCUUUCUCCUCCAGAAAACGCACUAAGACCUUCACAGGGUGCUGGACCUGCCGCGGACGCAAGUUAAAGUGCUCUGAAGAACAACCUACAUGCCAACAGUGUGCAAACAAGGGUCUGGAAUGCGGUGGAUACGGUGUCAGUCUUCAGUGGUUGCCACCAGAGACAGACUCGCUUGAUGCCAGCUUGCCUCUGAUCGACCGGAUCUUGGGCCGCAUCGAUGCCGACCAACCUUUUACGGACAGCAAGGCUGAGACCACCAUAGUCCGAGGUCCUUUUGCAGUAUUCAGAACACCCUCCGCAUCUAUCCCGCCAACAACGUCACCAUCACCGGCUUCAUCAUGCAUUGCCAAGGACCAGAGCCCAAGUAUUCAGAGACUUGCAGACGCCGGAACCUCAGUACUCCGCGAUCAAACCUUGCCUGCAUUUCAUUCUCAUAACCUGUCACUGGAUCGUUCGCAGGGUCAGGAUGAUCUGAACUCGACGAUUGAAGGUAUCACACAAUUCCCCAAUGAUACUAGUACUUGGACGCCUCCUCAAAGCCCUACAUCCCAACGAAAACCCCAGUCCCACGGCAAAAGCCCACAUUCUAGAAGCACCUCGCUUCAGCAGAUUCUGGAUUGGUCACCGCCCAAGGACACCACGUUCCACGAGGACGAUGAGACCGAGACAGUGUCUUCACUGUCCUGGUCAAAGCCACGCUCGACCUUUCUAUCUAACGACGACUGCUUUCUUUUGAACUACUAUAUUCACAAGGUAUUGCGGAUAUUUUGCAUUGUCGACAAUGCAAAGAGCCCUUGGAGAACUUUACAUCUGCCUCGGGCGCUGCAGAGCUGUGGCGAGUCGAGCGCGCUAGGGGCAACGUCUUACACCCGCAACUGCCUACUGCAUGCCCUGCUUUCGACAAGCGCCUACAGUCUGGUGAACAACUUGAGACUUGAGGGACGAACCGAAGACAUCGACAAAUGGUCGAGGAAGGCACUGCAACUUCGCUACCAGGCUAUCGGCCUGCUGAGGGAUGCUGUGGAUCACGACCUUCAUUCAAAAAACAGGCCGAAGUACAAAGAGCUUCUGGCAACCAUGCUGUCCAUGGUGACAAUCGAUGUUGCUUCCGGCGAUACAGGCACGUGUGGCGUACAUCUGAAAGGCUGCGAACAGCUCAUUCGCAGUGCAAGAAAGAGCAAGACAAAAUACUCGGUCAAGGCUCGAGCACUUCAUCGCAUUUUCUUUUACCUUCGAACUAUUCAUGCAAGCACAACGCUCGACAAAGAAGCGUCCGGCCAGAAUUCUGAACACGACGACUUCCAGGGAGAUCUCGUCGUCGACGACGACAGCUGGCUUGAGAUGCAAGAGAGCAUGCCCAAAGACAUGACCUCUUGUGACUACGUCUACGGCGUUCCUCUAAGCCUCUUAGUGCUCACAAGGAAAGCCAUCCGGGUUGUCCAGGCUGUCGCACGGUUCCGGCGGCGUAACCCUGGGUUGCUCUUUUCGGCCAGUCUCUCCAACAAGUGCGACGAGGUUGACGAAGAAAUCCUGGACUGGCCAAUUGAUCACGAACUCUCUCAAUGCCCGACCAUGGCCCGCGGAGAUGACGCUUCAAAAAUCGUUUACCACCAAACCCAUGCCUUUCAUGAUGCUGUCGUACUUUACUUCUCGCAGCACGUACGACUCAUGCAUCAUCGGCAUCUAAAGCCAUAUGUCGAGAGCGUUCUGCAUCAUUUGGAGGAAAUCGAGAAAAUCAAGGAUGGCUCCAAUGUCUUCGCAGGGACACUUUUUUGGCCAGCCUUCAUUGCUGCAUCGGAGGCAUUCGAUCCGUCCCUACAAGCACGAUUCACGACAUGGUUCGAACGAGCCAAGAUUUACGGAUUGCAUUCAUUAUGGGGAGGUAAUUCCCUAGUGCGUGAGGUCUGGAACAAAAAUAGUUCAGCCAAAGCUCGAGUCACAAGUCAGUGGCGAGCAAUUGCCGAGGAGAGACAGAUCGAGCUCAUGCUCAGCUGA